AUGACUGGAAUAUUUAUGGACACACGGAAGGACCCUUUCUUUGAUAGAUUGGUGAGUAGUGCAGUGUCCGACUUUGCGCAUCUGGUGACAAUCGGAGAUCGCAUAGAAAAAGGGUUAAGAGAUGGAAAGAUUCAAGGAGUUGUGGCAGCCUCCAGCGCACCGAAAAAGUAUACUGGAGGCUUCCAAAAGAAAAGAGAAGGUGAUACGAACGCUAUAUCCAAAGGCUACAAGGGGAAGCAACAGGCUUCAUAUGGCCAAGUCGCCGCCGUGGUACCCAUACCCUAUCAACAACCAAUACAGCAACAAGAAGUGUAUCAACAACAGCAUCAACAACAUCGUCAACAACAAAAUACCGCUCCACCAAGGCAAUUCAGGCUAAGACCCCCGAGAAGGCAACUUGACCCUUUACCGGUGCCUUAUAGCCAAAUAUUCUCGUACUUGCAAAAGGAGGGACUCUUGAUGUUAAGGGAACUAAAACCGACUGUUUUUCCAUAUCCACCUGGAUAUGAUGCUAACGCCCAUUGUGAGUUUCACAUGGGAGUGCCCGGCUAUACCCUGGAGAAUUGUUUUGCAUUUCAAAAUCGGGUACAAGACCUGAUUGAAGCAAAGGUUGUCACCUUCACUCCGAGACGCCCGAACGUGAACACUAAUCCUAUGCCAACAUAUAGAGGUGCUUCCGUUAGUGACAUUGAGGAGAGUGAUCAAGGUGAAUUGAUUCUCAAAGUAGAAGAAAUUCAAACUCUUAUCACCAUGAUAGGAACACAACUACUAAAGAGUGGUAUAAUCCCGGUGGAGCUAGUUGAUGAAGGAAAUGAUAAAAGGUUAAAGAAUUUUAUACAACAAAUGUUGGACCAAGGCGAGUUACAGAUCGAGCGUCGGGUCAAAAGCAGGAAUGAGGAAGAAAUAGCAGUGGUGGACAUCCCUUAUGAUGAGGUUAAUGUGGAAAUCCCUAUAAGCCCAUUGGUAAUAGAACUUCCAGCACCGUUCGCAUAUGAAGACGAGAAGGCGGUACCGUGGAUAUAUCAGCCCAGAGCUUUUAAGCAAGGGCAGGAAGACCGACCCAUGGUGAUCAAUGAACCAAACGUCAUCUUGAUUAUGGGGCCAGCUGGAAUGACGCGUAGUUGUCGAGUGUUCGCGCCAAGGACUGUUGAUGCUUCUGUAAAAGCUAAAGGGAAGGAAAUUUUUGCUCCUGUCCAAAUCCCCGUCCCUAAUUAA